CUCCAGCUGUGAGCAACGUCCAUCGUCCUCAAUCGUGGCGCGUUAUCAUUCGUUUUAUAGAUGGACUCUCCCCAGCGGGCGGUUCCGGCAGACUCUUAGCUCUCGCGUCUCGGCGACCGAACCCUAACGCUCCUCCUCCUCCUCCUCUUCCUCGCUUGGUUUCUCUUUUGUAUCGGCAACAAAAGUAAAACCCUAGCCUAUUUUGCGCCCUCCUCUCCUCGAAGGUGCAUUCUGUAUCUCUUUUGCCUGUGGCCUUGCUGAGAUGGCGGGAGACACGGGGAAGAAACUGAAGGUUGGAGUCGAAAAUGCAGAGCAUAUUCAUGGAGACUUUGGUGUCUACAUGGACAAAUUGCAGGAGAUUCAAGACCAGCUUGAGAAAAUAAAUGAAGAGGCAAGUGAUAAGGUAUUGGAAGUUGAGCAGAAGUACAAUGAGAUCCGCAAGCCUAUCUAUGAGAAGCGGAAUGAUAUUAUCAAAACAAUUGGAGACUUUUGGUUAACUGCUUUCUUAAGUCAUCCUGCUCUUGGUGACCUUUUGAGUGAAGAAGACCAGAAGAUAUUUAAAUAUUUAAGUUCCAUUGAAGUGGAGGAUUUUAAAGAUGUGAAGUCAGGAUACUCCAUCACUUUUCAUUUUAAUCCUAACCCAUACUUUGAGGACUCAAAGCUCACAAAGACUUUCGCCUUCCUUGACGAAGGAACAACAAAAAUUACUGCAACGCCAAUUAAGUGGAAAAAGGGCAUGGGCAUUCCUAACGGAGUAGUUCAUGAAAAGAAAGGGGGCAAGAGGUCUCGUGCUGAUGAAAGCUUCUUUACAUGGUUCAGCGAAAUUGAGCAGAAAGAUGAUAUGGAUGAGAUUCAAGAUGAGGUUGCAGAGUUAAUCAAGGAGGAUUUAUGGCCCAAUCCUUUGGCUUAUUUCCACAACGAGGCUGAUGAGGUCGAUUUUCAUGAGGAAGAAGGUGAUAACGAGGGAAAAGGCGGUGAUGGCUCUGAAGAGGAUGAUGAGGAGCAAGAUGGUGAAGAUGAUGAGGAGCAAGAUGAUACCUAGAUUUCUCUGUGAUCGCUUAUGUAAAGGCCGUUUUUGGAGAUUUGUGAAAGACCUGAAUGGCUGGGUGGUAGCCAGCCGGCAUUUCCCAUAGUUGUCAGAUAUAAAGUUUAUUGGAUCCUUCUGUUUCUUCUUCAUCAAAGGCAACACUUAUGAUGUGUCUUUUACAAGGUUAUGUGUGGCUCUGUCUUUGUCCUCACUGGGGAUGGAAGUUGCUUUGAUGAAUGAGGAGGGUCUUUAGCCUUCUAACUGGUAAGGUUAUGUACUUUUGGGUGGUAAGAUGUGGCUCCUUGCUUGUGCA